CUCUCUAGAAGCAACAAGCUGAAGUUUAAGGGUUUGCACUGAUAACAAGGAAAAUGCUGUUGAUUGCGUUCCUGUGUCUCUCAACAUUACUGCAACUGUCUGUUGCAAAUGAUGAAGCCAUACUACCAAAUUGGCCAUAUAAUCGAACAAACGUGAAGAGCCGAAGUGCAUUACCCACAGAAUCUACUGGGAGACCAAUUACAAUUCCUAAAGAAAACAUUGACAAAAUGGCCAAUGUACCGUUCUCUGCACUGUCAACAAGCAAUGCCGAUGUCAGGAAACUCAUUAUAGACACACAUAAUCACCUGAGAACAUUAGUUAAACCAUCUGCAAGCAACAUGUUAAAAAUGGUGUGGAAUGAUGCUGCAGCUCAGACAGCAGCAAGGUAUGCCAGCCAGUGCAUCGCUGGUCAUAGUGCUCCAAAUCUCAGAACAAUCCCAAAUUUCAAUUGUGGUGAAAAUAUAUUUCUAUCAACAUUUAAAGCCUCUUGGGAUGAUGUGCUUAAAUCAUUUUAUAGUGAAGUUGUUGAUUUUAUAUAUGGGUAUGGACCAAGACUUCCAAAUAUACAGACUGGUCAUUAUUCACAGCUUACAUGGGCCACUUCCUUUCAGGUUGGAUGCGCUGUUGCCCAGUGCUCAAAUGCUAAAUACACAUACAACUAUGUCUGCCAUUACUGUCCACCAGGAAACUUCAAUGGCGCAAUUGGCUUCCCAUACAAAGCUGGAAAGGCAUGUGAAGAUUGCCCAUCAUCAUGUGAAAAUGGCCUGUGCACAAAUCCUUGUCCCUUUCAGGACUGGUUUGCCAACUGCAAAGAAUUUUAUUUUGGACAAAAAUGUGAUGCAGACCUUGAUAGAGAUUGUCCUGCUACUUGCCGGUGCUCUAAAAAUCAAAUAAAAUAGCACUCUAGUAUUUUUCCAGUUGAAAAAGUGUAACAUAAUUUAUUAUGUAUUGUUUAUGUAUGAUGUUACAUCAAUUUUAAUGUAAAAGAAUAUUAUUUGCUACA